AGCACUGAAUGCCGUCCUCAAGUCAGAGAAAGACACAGAGACUUUAAUUGUAACACAAAGGUUCUUACGCACAGGACCUGACCACAGAUCAGACCCAGAGAGACUGGGACCACUGGGCUAUCCUUCUGCUCCUGGCUCAGAGUAUUUACUUUACAGUAACCCAAGCCUGAGGAUGGUUCAUUCCCAUCGGGACUCAGGUGACGCGUUAGAGACUGGCAAUGAUCUGUCAGGUUCUUUCACUACAGAGAUGGACCCUGGCAACAUGCCCUUGGGUUUAGAGACACAGACUGAUCUGUCUAGAGGGGACUGGAACCGGUACAGUAGUAGUGUGUACUCUGAAGGSUGCRUAGAUAAMAAAGGGGAGGUUAUAGUCGAUGAGAGGACUGUCAAAGUGAAGUGCGAGGCUCCUCUGACAUGGAAUGUAGACGAGACUCACUUAGGAGAAGGACACUCACAAGGCAGAGAUUUCUUAGAUUACAGGGAAAGCUUAGAGACAAAUCCAAAUGUCGCGACCCACUCCCCUUUACACACGUUCAGGAAUCGCGACCCAGUGUCCACGUCGAUGGGGCCUUCCGAUUCACAGAGCCGGGUCCUUUUCGAUCAGGUUUUGAACUCAAAGGACCAAAGGGCCAAGGUUUUGGGAGGGGGAGCAAAAUCAGGCGAUAAAGAGAAACGGUUCCUCUGCAUGUUCUGUAACGAAGGCUUCAAUUGCCCUCAGAAGGUAGAGAUCCACCAGAGGGUCCACAUAGGGGUGAAACCCUUCAGCUGUACCCAGUGUCAUAUGCACUUUGCUGAGGCUGGCAACCUGAAGAGGCACCAGAGGGUCCACACAGGGGAGAAACCCUUCAGCUGUGUCCAGUGUCACAUGCGCUUCACACAGGCUGGUGACCUAAAGAGGCACCAGAGGGUCCACACAGGGGAGAAACCCUUCAGCUGUACCCAGUGUCACAUGCGCUUUGCCCAGGCUGGCAACCUAAAGAUGCACCUGAAGGUCCACACGGGAGAAAGGCCAUUUUCCUGUACGCACUGUGGGAAAAGGUUCUCAGAGAGGAGAUGCCUCAGGAUACACCAGCAGAAAAAACAUUACACUCAAUAACUUAGAAAGUAACUAUUCCACUCGAUAGCUUCUGACACUUAGAUCUCACCCUGCAUUAAAGACAAAAAUAKAUUUUCAUUAAUGUCAGCAGAUGCAUUUAGAGUAAGGAGAGUAACAUAUUUCAGUGUUGAAUAUUCCUGUGUAAAUAUUACAUCCAGACAUUGUGUGAUACAAUGCAUU